AUGGCACCCAGACAGGUGCUUCCAGAGACAGGAGCUGUCUACACCUAUGUGGGCGAGGGUGCGGCCAACGUAGUAUUUGCUGUCGAUAUCCUCCCAGGCCUGCUCCUCCGAGUGCCCAGAGUGAAGCCUGCAGGCUCGCAGCCUUUAUCAUAUGAGGUGCAGCAAGACUUCUUUUACCAGAACAUUGUACCGCUGAUGGGACAUGAAAACCUGGUGAGACAGAAGUUUGUUGACAUCCCUUCAACCUCCAUCAUCAAUCAGCUCAACAAUGUGCUGGCCAAAUCUGAGUCAAAACGACCCAAGAAGCACCGAGAUGGCCAGGUAGAUGAUGUCAGAAUUGGUCUGUUAAUCGAUGAUAUGAGACCGGCAGCCCCAGGUGACUUGGCAAUACAAUUCAAGCCCAAGUGGCUCGCCCAGUCGCCCACAGCACCCCUGGAUGCAAAACGUUGCCGAAACUGCGCGAGGGAGGCAUUGCGGCAAGUCAAGUCUGGCAUGCAGGAAGACUCUUCACGACGCUACAUUUGCCCCCUUGAGUUGCUGAACUGCCAAGUGGAUAAGGGGUACGGUGACAGCAGAGCGCGAUACAUCAUGAGACAGCUGGCCUCAGACCUACUGGGAGCAUCACCGGACCCCGACUUUGGCAACCCCGCCCACGUAAAGCUCUUUAGAUGGUUCAAAACAAACCAACUCCUGCCAAUGCUUGAGCAAGUCCAGGUCUCGCUCGACGAAGAGGGACUCAUCAUGAAAGACAACCUAGACGAAGAGGAGUUGGAUCAGCUCUCUGCAGCUAUGGCUCUGAGGGACUGUAGCUGCUACAUCCGCAUCCCUGCGUCAAACAAGCCCAUAGAAGCCAGGCUGGGUGAUCUUGACAAGAAGAACGCUUCUCACAAGCUUGACUAUUGGAGAAGCACUGAGGUGGAGUUGCGAGAAGGUGGCUUCUACACUGAAGAAGAAAACCCUUACCAGCCUGUCCUGUGUACCCUCGACUAUUGGAAGACCAAAUUCUCAUGA